AUGGAGAACGACCUGAAGGAAGAACUGAAUAGAAGGAUGAGAACAGCGUGGGCAGUAUUCGCACGCGUCAGAAAAGCCAAGGACCAACUGGCGUACCAAGAUCUCGGUGCCCAUCUGUUCGAGUUGACAAUUCCUCCUGCGCUCUGCUAUAAAGGGGAGACGUGGACGGGCACCAGGAAGCUACUCACUACCCACAAAGUCCUUGAGAGAUCCCUUCUGAAGUUUAACCGGUGCACACAACAUCAAACCGGUCUUCGUGCACUCGACUUUAGAAAAAUGUCCUGUCUUCGCGACCUAGCGAAUAUAUAUUAUAUAUCGAAAGCAAAGCAUGGAUAG